AUGGAAGAGUUGCAAAAUAACUACCCGCACGUCUUAACGUUUAAUGAAAUAAAAAAAGCUGCAGAAACGAUAGAGGAUGGCAUUAUCCAUACUCCUCUUUGCGAGGCUAAAAUGACUAAAUUCAUGGACUAUAAUGUAUACCUAAAGUGUGAAAACUUACAAUAUACUGGAAGUUGCGCAGAACGUGGAAUUCGUAAUGCUUUAAUUGGUUAUGGUAACGACAUAGCAGCCCAUGGGGUGAUUGUGCCCUCCCACGGAAACAUGGCACUUGCAGCAGCAUACCACGGCGUUAGUCUCGGCAUACCGGUGACGGUAGUGUUACCCGAAAAUACUCCACCGUCCCACGCACAGCGGUGCUCAGAGCUUGGCGCGGACGUGGUACUGGUCGGUGAUACUCUACAGGAUUCCACUUUUUACGCGAAAAAAGUCUUACGGGAUAGUCAUCAGCUAUUGAUAACUUCAGAUGACCCCUAUGUAAUGGCUGGCUUAGGAACGGUGGGUGUGGAAAUCAUAACGCAGUUGCCUGAGACGGACGCGGUGAUUGUGCCCGUAGCGAGUGGUGCACUCCUGGCCGGUGUGCUCAUCGCUUGCAAGAAACUGAAGUGCUCUUGUCUCGUUUAUGGUGCAGAGUGCUCCAAAGCGCCGAAGAUGAUGAAGGCACUGCAAUCCGGUGGACCUGUCAACGUUGCUACCUUUCCAUCACUUGCUGACGGACUCAGCGCCGCAGUCGCUGGUCCAAACGCUUUCGCUACCAUCAAAGGCAGGCUUGAUCGCAUGCUGGUAGUAGAUGAGAUGUACAUUUCUCGCGCUUUGAUAUCGAUGUUGGAGUGCGAGAGGCUUGUCGCAGAUGGAGCUGGCGUUUGUGCUAUUGCAGCGGUGAUGCAAGGACUUGUGCCUGAACUCCGAGGGAAACGAGCGGUGUGCGUCGUGAGCGGAGGCAACAUCGACUCUGGGCGACUGGCACGUACUAUUCAACGGGGUCUGGGCGCUAAUGGACGACUGAUGAGGUUCGCCGUAGCCCUACCCGACAAUCGCAGCGGACUAGAACAACUUGCAAAGAUUAUAGCAGAGGAAAGCACGGUACUCAAAAGCUUAGUCACAGAACAGAUGUGGGUGCACAGCGAUGUCGCGACAACUUGGGCUAACGUUGUGGUAGAGACUGUGAACGACGAGAAUGCGGUCAAGUUCAAAGAUCGUCUGCGCGACAUAUUCCCCUCGGCCAGAUUCGCUAUCACCGACAUAGACGAAAAACACAAAGUCGGUGUACGAUAA